CUUGCUGUGCGCCAUGGGCCUUGGACAACGCCGCGAUUCGCUUCGUGGCUAGACAGCUUCUGGGUCUUGAUCAUCCUAUCUUCGUUGUACAGUGAUGUUGACGGGAGCUUUGGUCCAACGGUCUCAAGUUCUCCGCUGCCGUUGGGAUUCGACGCGGAGCCGCCGCACCGCUAUUUCUUCCUCAACUCGCUGGGCGGGUCGCUGCGGUGCACGGGCCACGGGUCCCCGACCCCGGCGGUCUCCUGGGCCCACGCCGACGCCAACGGGUCCUGGGGCGGCCAUCCGGCCACGCUGGCCGAGCUGCCCGGUCUGCGCCAGACCAGCGCCGAUGGCACGACGCUCAUGUUCCCGUCGUUCCAGCCCACCGACUUCAGGGCGCACGUACACGCUGCCUCGUACCGCUGCGUCCUCAGCAACGCCGUGGGCAGGAUGGCCAGUCGCGUCGUCAGGGUCCGAGCAGUGGUUCAACAAGACUACGAGGUAAAUGUGCACGACGGCUUCGCCGCCAGGGGCAGCACCGCCGUGCUCACGUGCCAGAUCCAACCGGCCGCGGCACGUGACUACACGAGCGUCCUAUCGUGGCUCCGGGACGACAAGUACGUCAUCACGAGCGGUGGCCAAUCAGACGACAAGUACGCCAUGUACCCUAGCGGCGAGUUGUACAUCCACGACGUGGACGAGAGGGACGCCGAGCGAAGCUACCGGUGCCAGGUUCUGGACCACACGACGAACGCCACCAAGGCCAACACCAGGCCAGCCAAGAUCAUUCUCAGAGGUCCCCGGAAGUCGGAGGGCCCCCGAGUGACGUCGUGGGUGAAGGAAGUGACGGUGGACGACGGCCAGUCGGCGUCGCUCUCAUGCGCGGCACGGGGCCAGCCCCUGCCCUCGUACUACUGGUUCCGGCAGGUCGGAGUCGACAUGCGCCCGGUGUCCGGGGCAUCGCACCUCAGCGGCAGGGGCACCCUGUCGCUGAGGUCCGUUCGAGUCCAGGACUCCGGCCGCUACGUGUGCCUGGUGAACAACACCUUCGGCGAGGACCGGGUCUAUGUCGCUCUCACCGUAAGAGGAGUUCCUCUGGUUAGCGUGCACCCCACUUACCAGCGUGUGCCACUGGGUGCCUCGGUGACCCUGACCUGCAACGCGUCCGGGGUCCUCGCCCGGGAGCUCAAGUGGUACAAGGACUUGGCUCCGGUGCAGCCAUCCACCGCCGACAGGGUUCGCUUCCUGAGUGCUUCUGUUCUUCAGCUGGGAUCGGUGAAGGCUGACCAAGAUGGCGUCUACCAGUGCAUGGCAUCGGGUCCCAAGGAAUCGGCGCAGGCCGCUGCUUUUGUAGUGCUCAUGGUGACGAAACCGGAGCUCACGGUGACCUUCAGCGACCAGGACACAUACCCGGGCAGCUUCGUGUCUCUGAAAUGCGCCGCCAGAGGACACCCCAUGCCGAGAGUGACGUGGCGUCUGGACGGCGGUGCCGUGCCUUCUUCGCGAAAAAUCCUCCGGGGCGAUUUUGUCACCGAGGACCACGUGGUCCACAGCUUCGUCAACCUGACGGCUGCCAACGUGACCCAUGGUGGAGAGUACUCGUGUCAUGCGGAGAACGACGCGGGAAGCGUCACACAUUCCGCUUGGCUCAACGUCGUGGGUCCCCCCGUAGCCCCGCCGCCUCAGAACCUCACCAUCCUCUCGGGCGAGACGCUCAGCCUACCCUGUCCCGUCAAGGGAUAUCCAUUCGCGUCCUUCCUCUGGUACAAGGGAGCAUUUGCGAACCGGACCCUAGUCGAUGGUCAGCGGUAUCGCAUGGACAGCCAUGGCAAGCUGACCAUUCACGACAUCGACAGGAAGACGGAUGAUGGUCCCGUAAUCUGUUCAGCCACAAGCCCCGAAGGACGCUCAGCCGAAGCCCUCGUCCACUUGCACGUAGCAGUGCCCCCGACCAUCAACCCGUUUUCCUUCCCGCCUUCGAUCCGGGAAGGAGAGAGAUCGAGCGUGCACUGCUUCGUCUCGUCCGGGGAUCGGCCGGUGUCCAUCUGGUGGCUCAAGGACGGACACCCGCUGCGGCCCGGGCUCCUGGACGCCAAGCCGCAGCUCAUGAACGAGUUCCUGUCGGUCCUCUACUUUGAGAGCAUCACCGAAGACCACAACGGCACCUACACCUGCGUUGCCAGUAACCCCUACGCCAGCACCAACUCGUCGGCGGAGAUGAUCGUUCAAGUUGCACCGAAAUGGAUCUACACGCCUUCCGAUGCUACAGCCCUCAAGGGCAACACAAUGAGAUUUGAUUGCCAAGCGGAAGGCUUUCCUACGCCUGUCAUACGCUGGAAAAUGGCUACAGGAGAAGUCUCUGACGGAUUCGUAACGAUCCGGAGCAACGCCAAGCUCCAAGUUCUGGAGAACGGAUCGCUUGUCGUGCAACACGUCGACGCCUCGGACGCCGGCGUCUACCUCUGCCAGGCCACCAACGGCGUCGGACCGGAACUGACGCACGAGGCCAAGCUCACCGUUUCCGUUCCUGCCACGUUCAUCACAAGCUCGAUGUCAGUUACGUCGCGCCGAGGAGACAAGGUCCACCUGCGGUGCGACACCAUCGGUGACGCUCCCCUCACUAUCGCGUGGUAUCGAGACAAGAUCCUCCUAGACGUGGACCGGCAUCCUAGAUAUUCGGUAGUGGAGCACGAGCGAGAGGACGGCAUGGCGUCGCAGCUGCUCAUCCGGGACGUCAAAACCAACGACACUGGCGCCUACGCUUGCAAGGUGGCCAACAGCCACGGCAAGGACGAGAUGUUCAUCAAGCUCACCGUGCAAGAGCCUCCUUCGCCGCCCAGUAACGUCCACGUGACCCACCUAGCAAGUCGCACCGUGUCUUUGCGAUGGACACCCCCCUUUGACGGGAACUCCCCUAUAAGCCAGUAUGACCUCAAGGUUCACUCGUCGAGAGAUGGAACGUCCCUCGUGAUCCCUGUACCCGGGACUCAACUGGAAAUGACUCUAGACAGUUUAAGUCCGAACUCGGCGUACAGGGUUGAGGUGGAGGCGGUCAACAGCAUUGGCACCGGUGCACCCAGCGAACCGCUUUUCUUCACAACCGACACAGAAGCGCCCUCAGCAAAGCCUGUUGACCUCAAAGUGAUUCCUCUCAACUCCAGUAGUCUCAGAGCAACGUGGAAGGCUCCGUCAGGCGAGAGCAAGAUUGCAGGAUACUACGUCGGCUACAAGGUGGAACUGGACGGCCGUUCGGAGUCGUAUGUGUACAAGACAGUGGAGUCCAGACCCGGUGUGAGUCAAGAGUGCGACCUGAAGGACCUGCGGCCUGGCACCAAGUACACCGUCUUAGUUCAAGCCUACAACGGCAAGGGUCCCGGUCCGAGUUCUAACGAAGUCAUCGGAGAAACCCCGUCUUCCGGUAAGCUCGUCGUCAACCAAAGUAGCGUUCAUCUUGCGUCGUUAUUCCGAGUGUCCAUCAAUUCCACGUCUUCCACUGAAAUUCGCAUCGCCUGGCAUGACGUGCUUGGAACCAGGCACGGUUACAAGUUGUUUCUGCGAGCCAACUCCAGCGACUGGGAGGCCUACAAGGUGUCCAGUGGCUCCAGCAGUUACACGUUCACGAACCUGCGCUGCGGAACCAAGUACGAGGUGUAUGUCGAAGCCCUGGUGGAUGCGCAGUCCAGGCCUAGGAUGACACCCAUUGCCGUCGCCAACACCAAAGGCUCUGUGCCGACAGCGCCGUCGCAUCAGCAACCCCUUCUCGUGAACGGCGAGAGCGUUCCGCUAGACCUGGAAGCCUUCGGGGACGGCGGUUGUCCGAUCUCGUACUACGUGGUCAAGUACAGGGCCGCGGACGAGAAGGAGUGGACCGUGGUCUCGAAGGAGCCCGGCCAGGCCGAGCAAGACGAGAAUCACGUGGUCACCCUGAGCCAUCUCGAACGUGGACGACGCUACAAAUUGCUCCUGGGGGCUGCCAAUUCGGCCGGCUACACGGAAGCUCUGUACGACGUCCACGUGUCUCCAGCCAGCAAAGGUGUUUCGGAGACGUCGACGGGAGCCGUGUCGCAGCAAGAGAUGCACCGCAAGUUGGCCGUCGUGACUUCCAUCGUCUGCUCCGUGGUCGUCCUGGUCGUCAUCAUCGUGGCCGCCUGCGUGGAGCUCAAUCGGCGCCGGAGAGGGAGGGCGGAAACGACCGCCUCGGACGUUUAUGCCGAGCCUCGGCUAAAGCCCGUCCGUAAGUGCGAAGAAAUCGCCAUGGCCACGUGGGACAAGCAGAAGGAUCCCAUGCCUCAGCAGACGCGAAACGGCGACGUCACGCACCACCAGCUGUACGCCCCGUGUCCGUACGGCACCACGUCGGGGGGCAGGGUACUCCACGAAGCCACGCUAGGGCGGCGCUCUCACACGAGGGCUGAGAUCGUCGAGGAACUGUACGACAUGCCGCUCCCGCCGGGAUUUAGGUGCUAAUCCUUAGGAAUUAAUCCUGCGAAAGUUCGCCAAAGACCGGAUAAGCUUGUCCCGGAAUCCUUCACCCAGCGAACCCCUGAUGCCAGGGUUUGCUUCGUCAACGCAAACAAACCACAGGCUUGGAGAUCCUCUCACGUGUCGGCUGGACUUUGCCGAAGAAACGUGACUGAGUGAGUGAUGUGUGGUGCGCGUGCAUUUAACUCCCAGACAUCCAAUUUGGUGCCCUGGACAACUCAACUAACAGGUGCAACCAUCUCCAAGGAAAGAGCUGGCUUCUUCCGCCGCAAUUACGAGACGAACAGAAUCAAGAAACGCGGCUCGGAGUUUUCUUCUUUUUUUUUUUUUUUCUUUUUGAUACAAGUGAU